UCCAUGGAGACGAGGGACGCCAGAGUGAGCAGUUAACGGCUAGGACUUAAGGAAAAUAACUAAUCUCUUUGUGGCAAACUUGCACAAUAUGUCAUAAAUGCACAAAUUAUGUGUUAGUAGAUGGUGAAGUGUAUUAAGUAGCUCACAGUUAGAGAGACAGCGUCCGGACGAGCACCAGUUUAAAGAUGUGGAGACGAGGCGGUCGGAGCAGCGCUCUGGACCGAGCUCAGGCGUUGCUGUCCGGCAAGAGAACCAGCGGUGGAGACGGCGAGUCAACACAGGGGCCAACAGCCAAAACACCGACACAUACAGGUGCUGUUGGGGGGUAUAUCAAACCCAGAUCUGCUCCCUCAAAUGCACACACGUUAUUGUCAGACCUGAGUGAUCUGUCCUCAGUCAGCUCAGCCUCUGAGCAUGGAGUUGGCGUUGUGGGAUCUGCUGAUGCUGAGUAUCACCAGAGAAGAGAGGGAGAUCCCACCAAGGAUCCCAGACCUCAGAGCUCUCUAGGAGGAGGAGGGAGCAGGUUCUUGAAGAAGGCUCCCCCACCUGCAAUAAACAGCAGCCAGUCACCUAUACACAAGAGCCAAAUGCAGCAGGUCCCUGAACACAGAUAUGUGUCGUCUUCCCAGCGUGGCUCCCAGACUGCUGCUUUGAGAAGACUGGCUCAAAUUGAGAGCCGCAUCCGCAGCCGGAAACAGGCUCAGGAACACGAAAGAGAAGGGCUGAAACCUGCCCACAAUCUAACCUCAGACAUGGGGAUCUCACCACCACCAGUAGUCUCCCAGUCCCUGGAGGCCCCUGUGUUUCUCUCAGUACAGUCCAGCAGUGAGGAGAGCCAGAAGGGGAAACGUUUCCUCAAGAGUAAGGCAGCUGUAGCUGUUGAUGGUAGUGAUACUGUUGCAGCUGCUGCUGGGUCUCCAAAAGGCCCAGAUGUUGGUGUCAGAUCCAGAUCCAGAGCUGCUGAUGUGUCUGUGCCUUUGGUGGAUUUGGAGUCAAAGUCAGUGAGAAUAGUAAGCAGUGUGAGUCUAGAAAGUGAUGAAGAGGACAUGAGAAAACUGCUUGGGAACUCUUUGGAUUCAACAGACAACAGCUUAUUAAGACCAGAGAGACCCUCUUCCAGAAGAACGGGGGACAAGAUGUUGAGUAGAAGCAGUAAGAGGGUCCACUCCACACCUCCUCCUGCUGCUGUCCGUCCCUCAUCGUCCUCCAACACAGCACCGCCUCGCUCCCCUGCCUCUCCUCAUCGCCACAGUUCUCCUUUUCGAUUCACUGGCCAGGCUCAGGCCCGCUUCAGCCCCUCCGUGCUGUCUCCAUCCCCUCCUCCCUCUGGUCCCCCUUCUCCUCGCAGAGCUGAGAGUCCACAGCGUUCCCUCUCCUCCAUGUCGGGUCAUGGAGAGGUGCUCUCUUUGGAGGAGCUCUUCCCUGUUGAGCCGGAAGAUCCCCACAGUGAGAUGAGUUUAGCUUCCUCUGAAGCAGACUUCAAGAUAAAUGUGAUGACAUUAGAUGACCUUGUCCCUGCUUCCCUCGGAUUUCCUGAGGAAACACCAGCAAAGGAGGGGAAAACCAAACACAUCGUCCCUGCUGCUGGAUCCCCAAACAGACAUCAACAGCUGCCAGGAUUGAAGGAGGUUGGAGAGGAACAGCAGCAUCAAGAGGACGAGGUGGACUACCGAAGUGACUUUGAGAGCGAGAGCAGGACAGAGCCAGAUUACAGUGCUAGCCAGGUUUCAGAGCACCUGCUAGGAGAUGGAGAGCAGGAAGAGGUUGUAUCAGAAGUCAGAGAGGAGGCCUUUGAGUCAGAUGUGUCCCAUAGGAGGACAGAAGACGAUUACUCGAGCACUUUCUCAGACACAAGUCGCUCCUGCACCUCACGGACCUCAGAUCGCAGUCAGAGAUCACUCAGCAGAAGCAGAGACUCCAGAUCCUCCAGAUCUUCAGUAUCACAUAGUGACUGGGACUCAUCUCGCCCAUCGAGAAAGCAUGCUUCAGCUAGAAAAGUUUUAAAAGAGACAGCUGUACAGACGCAGCCUGAUCCACUGGCUUACACAUGGUCAUCCGGUAUGGCUACUUUUGGCUCAGCAGUGGGCAUGACCUAUAUGAAUCCAACCCCAGUGACCACUCAUGCUAUCAAUUCAGAAACUGUGGAAGCCCUUAGCACCUUCAAUCCAGCUGCAUAUGCUCUCAAUGAAAUUCUGAAACAGCAUCUCGCUAUGACGAGACGCUUCAUUGAAAGCAGCCGCCAUCUGCACUCCAGCCAGCUGCGGAACCUGGAACCACCAAACUACAGAUAUAUCACUCUGGAUGACACUAAAGAGUACAUCCGCAAGCGCACACCUCCCAAGCUGACAAUGGAGGAAGCCUUAGAGGAGGUGCUGCAGGAGAUGAAAGACUACCACUCUAUGUAAGCACCAGCACUGACUGUCCUGGAUUACAUUUACCCUGUCUUUCUUAUUAAAAUAGUUUUAUACACACUUCUUUAAUACUAUUUUUCUACUAUGGGAUGAAUUAUGAUAUAUGUUGUUAAGCAGUCAAACAACAUGCCAUUGAGAUGUGAAUCAAAGCUUUUGUAAGAGUGCACUUUAUCAUGAAAAUUUGCCAUACGUUUAAUUUUAAUUGUGUGUCAUAGUGUAAAUUAUGGGAUGUUGGGAUCUUGCUGGUGAAAUAAUGCACGACAUCAAUGCUGUAACUGCUACCGAAUUCAUAUUAAACAGUGUUUAUUAUGUUUUUGACUAUAA